AUGGCGCCUAAUAAAUUCAAACAGAAAGGAAACGGGAAUAAGAAGGGGGAUAAGAAGAGCACGCAGGAUAAGCGUGGUAAAUUGCAGCAGCAGCAGCCACAACAUCCUCAACAUGCUCCCCACAACGACCUCAAGAAGGAAGUUCUCGCUCUCGGCGGCGAUGAAGACGAUUUGAAGCUGUUCCAAGGCGUCGACAGUGAUGACGAGCACGUGUUUAAUAGCGGCGAGCAGAAUGACCCAGCUUUAUUGAAAGAUUUGAAGGAUUUAUACAAAUCUCUCGACUUCAACUCUGCUAAGCCUCAGGAAGAGGAAGAGGAAGAUGACGAUAACGAUGAUCAUGUCGAUGCCAACGGUAGCGAGACUGACGUGAAGGCUGCUUCUGCUAGCGAUGAUGAAAAUCACGACGACAGCGAGCAAGAAGAUUCUAGUCAAGAAGGUGAUAAUCAAUUUGAGCAAGACGCAGACGCAGACCCGCUCAGUGAAAUCGAUCCAAACGGUCCGUUCGUCCAAAUUCCUCAAUGGUUCCUUCAGCCUCUCCCUCAACUCUCAAAAUCCAAGGCUAACACUAGCAAAUCGUUGACUUCUGAUGGGCAGAUAUCACACGCACAGAAGCUACUCGAAGAUCUACCAAAGAUCGCCUCUUCAAGCUCAGCCGUCUCUGCUUCUGAUAAGAAAUUCUUGGAUCAGAUGCUUAAGUCUGGUACUCUUAAUGAUAGAGUCUCCGCACUCGCCCUCUUGGUUGCUGAGUCGCCUAUCCAUAACAUUUCCAGUCUCGAAUCUCUCAAGAAUAUGGCUGCAAAACCUAAGCGUGAAGAGGCACUCAGGGCAAUGAAGGCCCUAGUUGAUUGGUUGGCUGGUCCACACGGUCUACCUUCUAACAGAAAGCUGGUUUAUAUCGCCGAUCAGCCCAACCUCACCCAUCAGGGUGCAACCGAUAAGCAUCUCACUUUCUGGGCCUUUGAAAAUUGGUUCAAGGGAUAUUUCUUUGAGGUUUUGCAGCUACUUGAGUCGAUCACUCAUGACAAUCUCGUCUUUGUAAGGCAGCAAGCUGUCAUGCUCAUCUUCCAGCUUUUGAAAAACAAGCCAGAGCAGGAGCAUAAUCUGCUUAGACUACUAGUAAACAAGUUGGGUGAUCCUUCUCGUCAAGUAGCAUCAAAAGCUUCUAAUCAGCUGCUUGUUGUCUUGCAAGCUCACCCUGCAAUGAAAGGCAUUAUCAGUCGCGAAGUCGGUGAUCUCAUCUUCCGUCCAAACAUGUCAGACUCUGCCAAGUACUACGCGAUUAUUACAUUAAAUCAGAUCAUGUUCACAAAGGCUGACACUGGCGUUGCAAACAAACUGAUAGAAAUAUACUUUAACUGCUUCAAAGAUUUCCUCAGGGAGGAGGAAACAUUGGUGAAGAAAUCCAAGGAGGAUGCUAAGAAUGCUAAGAAGGGUAAGAAAAACCAAGGUAAGAAUGUUAAGAAAGACAAGAAGGAAGAUGUCGAAGAUGAUCCUGAGGCUCUUGAGGAGAAAAAGUCUAAGAUGGUUGCCGGUAUUUUGGCCGGCGUACACCGUGCCAUGCCAUACGCUGAUAUUGAUGAAAAAAUUUUCGAUAAUUACAUGAAUACUCUGUUUAGAAUCACCCACACUGGUACCUUCAACAUAGCUAUUCAAGCAUUACAACUAAUCUACCAAAUAACGAUUAUAAAGGACACAGUCUCAGACAGAUUUUACCGUGCAUUGUAUGAGUCGCUGCUGGAUCCAAGACUGGGAGGCUCGUCAAAGCAGUCCAUGUACCUCAACUUGUUGUUCUCGGCUAUGAAGAGAGAUCCAUCGAAUGCCCGAGUAGCAGCGUUUGUGAAGCGUAUAUUGCAAAUGCUACUCGGACAAUCACCUUCAUUCAUUUGCGGUGCAUUCUACCAUCUCAACGGCAUAUUCGCUAGCCAUCCCUCAUUGAGAGCGAUGUUGGAUGAGGAGGAAGAGAAUGAGAGUGGUGGAGUAGCUUCGACGUCUUACGACAAGUUCAAGCGCGAUCCUCAAUAUAGCAAUGCUCAGCACAGUUGUCUGUGGGAGUUGAUACCAUUCACAAAGCACUAUCACCCCUCUGUAUCUAUUCAGGCUAAGCAGCUACUGAAUGGAGAAGUGGUGAAAACUUCAUCGGAUCUCAACCUCAACACACUCAUGCAUUUCCUCGACAGAUUCGUCUACAAGAAUCCAAAGAAAGACAUCAAGCCAAAGGGUGCAUCGCUCAUGCAACCUAUUGCUGCGUCUGACCGAUCACAAACUGUCUCUAAUGUCAAGGGUGCUACUAGAGAGUUGAUGAUGAACAGCAACGAGUUUAUGAGGAAGAAGGAGGCAAAUGUAGCUCCUGAUCAGCUUUUCUUCCAUAAAUUCUUCAAUCAGCGUAACAAGAGGUUGGAAGAUAAAGCAUCUAAGAGGGAUAAGCGCAAGAAGGCUUCUGACGAUGAAGGUGUGGGCGAGAGUGACGAUGAUACUGACCAAGGUCAAGAUGUCAAUCUCGAUGAUGAGGAUGAGCAGAAGGAUGAGAAGGAGGAUGGCGAUAACGAUGCUGCAUCUGAUGAUAAGGAAGAGUUCGACGAGGAUGAGAUCUGGAAGGCUAUGCAAGCUACGAUGCCAGGACAGGAGAAUGACGACCUCGAAGAGAGUGAUGAAGACCACGUCGAUCCUGCCAUGUUGGAGGACAGUGAUGCCGAAGCUGAAGGUGAGGAAGACAAAGCAGCUAAAGCAGAUUCAGAAUCCGAUGAGGAUGAUGAGGAUGGUGAGGAUAACGAGGACAAGGAUGAUGAGGACAACGAAGGAGGUGUUGGUGGUCUCGAUGACGAAGAGGAUGACCUGUUGUCUAUUGAUGAGGACAUGGAGGUUCCUGGCGCAGAUGAGGAUGAGGAGGACGGUAGUGAACCAGAGGAGGAGGAAGAAGUCAGCGGAAAGCGCAAACGUAACAACAAGGAAGCUAGAGCGGCCAAGAAAGCUAAGAAGGCGUUACCUAUGUUUGCUAGUGCAGACGAUUACGCGCAUCUGUUGCAAGAGUAA